AUGGCGAGAGAGACUCCUUUAGAGGACCCUGAAGGCGGCAGAUUGAUCCGCAUCGAGCUCAAAGACUUCAAGUCCUACAGAGGCCAUCAAGUCAUUGGUCCUCUACACAACUUUGUCGCUGUUAUUGGUCCAAAUGGCUCUGGCAAGAGUAAUCUAAUGGAUGCAAUAAGUUUCGUACUGGGUGUGAAAUCUACUCAACUGAGGAGCAACCAGUUAAAGGAAUUGAUCUAUCGGGGCGCAAGAAUCGCAACGAAAAAGAAGGUCAAACAGCCAAUCAAGAUAAAGGGCAAGGGAAAGAAGAGACCUCAUAAAGAUGAUGACGAAGAAGACGAUGAGGACGAUGAUGUUGAAGAAGCUCAAGGAGAUGAUGAUGAAGAUCAAGAGGAUGACGAUGCAGACGAAGACGGACAAGUCAAAAACCCAGCUGAUCCUACGAAAGCUUGGGUUGCUGCUAUAUAUCGUACAUCUGAAGGAAGGGAAAUUCGUUUCACUAGGACUGUCACAGCUACAGGAACUAGUGAAUACAAGAUCAACGACAAAACAGUCACCUAUUCCAAGUACAAUGAUACUCUGAAAGAUGAGAAUAUCCUAGUCAAGGCUCGCAACUUUCUGGUCUUUCAGGGUGACAUAGAGGCAAUAGCUUCUCAAUCUCCGAAGGACUUGACCAAAUUGAUUGAGCAAAUCACUGAAUAUGAUCGACUGAAAGCACUACAAGAACAAGCUACCGAAACUUCAACGCUCAAUUUCAACAAGAAGCGCGGUAUUAAUGCAGAGAUGAAGCAAGUCAAAGAACAAAAGGAGGAAGCUGAUCGUUUUGCCAAGCUGCAACGUCAGAGAGCCAAAGCAACUGUAACAUACUUGGCGUGGAAGCUUUAUCAUUUGCAAGCCAGUGUUGAAGGCCUGCGAGGUGAAGUCACAGAAGCCAAAGAUGGUUUUGCUGAUUUGACUAAGGAGUUGGCGGGUCUAGAAGCUGAGUUGAGGGAAGAAAAGGUGACACAAUCAAACACCAACAAGGAAGUAAUACGUGUUGAGAAGAAGAUCAAGGACAAGACUAAGGAGAUUGAUCGUCGAAAACCCGAGACCAUGAAACUCGACGAAAAGAUAUCACAUAGUACUCGAAAAAUCACCACUGCUGAAAAUAGCAAAGCAGCUGCUGAAAUUGAACGAGACAAGCAGAAUCAAGAGAUUGAGAAGCUUGAAGCGAAGGUUCAGGCUGUGCAAAAGGCUUUUGAGAAGUUUGAGAAUGAUAUGAGAAAAGAGUUAAAGAGUCGUGCUGGAGCUGUUUUGACUGAGAAUGAUUUGAGUGAAUACCGUCAGAAGAAGGCAGAACUGAAUGGUCGAAUAGCUCCAGAGACCCAAAAAUUGGGACAUGUUCAACGUGGUCUCACCACUGAAGUUGAAACCAAGAAUCGACUAGAAGAAAAGUGUCGUAUAUUUGAGACAAAGCACGAAUCGUUGGUUAAGGAGCGAGAGGAUUUGAAGCAGCGUCGUGAAAAGGCAUUAUCUCGUGAUACUGUUCAAGCCGAAUUGAGAACUAUGGAGGCAGAUGCCCGUCGUCUCAGUCAGCAAGAGCUUGAAUUGAAUGAAAAGAUAACCGAAAUGUCGAAUCGAUUAUCACAAGCACGAUCAGAUCGCCAUGCCACAGAAAAGGAAGCCAAACUGAAAGACUGUCUGAAAACACUGCGGCAGACAUUCAAUGGUGUUCACGGGCGCCUUGUUGAUAUAUGUAAACCCACACAACGUAAAUACGAUUUGGCAGUUACGGUUGUGCUUGGAAAGAAUAUGGAUGCUGUGGUUGUUGAUGAUCAGAAGACGGCUUUGGAGUGCAUUCAGUAUUUGAAAGAGCAACGAGCUGGUAAAGUCACCUUCCUACCAAUGGACUCACUCUUAGUAAAACCCAUCAAUGAAAAGUAUCGUGAAUUCCAUAAAGGAGCACGACUUGUCAUUGAUGUGAUUCAAUUCGAUGCGCAAUAUGAACGAGCAGUCCAAUUCGCAUGUAAUAAUGCUAUUGUGUGUGAUACUAUGGAUGUUGCCAGGCAUAUCUGUUAUGAGAGGAAUCAGGAGGUUAAAGCUGUGGUCUUGGAUGGAACAAUCAUUCACAAGAAUGCCAAUAUCACUGGCGGUGCCACUCAGAAUUCAAAUGCAGCGCGUCGAUGGGAGGAGAAGGAUCUUGAUGCAUUCAAGCAAGCAAAAGAAGGUCAUUCAGCUGAACUCCGAGAGGUGUCAAAGGAAUUGUAUAAAGUCAGACACGUUGAACCCGUUCAAGCUCAAUUGGCUACAUUGCAAGCAAAGCUUACUUCGCUGAAUGAUGAGAUAAACACAAUUGAUCGUAGACUUGCUGCUGUAGAUCAACAGAUGCAGCAUGGUCAGGUUGAGCUGGCUAAAUUGCAACCUCAAUUCCAGAAGUCCAAAGCUACCGUUGAAACCUUGGAAGCUCAACGAACAGAUUUGGAGACCAUCAUUCAUGAAGCUGAAGACGAGAUCUUUGCAGACUUUUGUAGACGAAUCAAAGUGCCUAAUAUUCGUGAUUACGAAGCACACGAAACAAGGCUUGGUCAAGAUUUCGAACGUAAACGAUUGGAGCAUACUAGACAGAAGGCACAAUUGGAUACUGAAAUCAAGCAUCGAAAUCAAUCAGUAGCAGAAGUUGUUGAACGUAUUCGACGCGUUGAAGCCAGUAUCGAAACCGAUACAACCCUCCUUGCUAAAUUACAAGGAGAAAAGGAUGGCCUAGAAAACAUAGCGCAUGGCCUAGCAGAAGAAAUAAGAACUUUCAAGGAAGAAUUGAAGGCUUCUAAGGAACGGAGUGACGACACUGCUGUCGCCGUGGCUCGUCUCAAGAAGGAGGUGCAGAGAGUCACCAAGGACAUUGAGGGGAGGAAUAAGGGUGUUACUCAGAAGGAAGCUCAAAUUGAAAAGUUGCUUUCCGAAACCUUUUCGAUUCUGAGACGAUGCAAAUUGGAGGAGAUUGAUUUGCCAUUGGCUAUGGGUUCGUUGGAUGAUGUUCCUCUUGCAGAGGCGCCAGAGACAUUAAACGAUGAUCGAAUGCAAGUCGAUAACGAGAAUCGACAUCCAUGGAUGGAGGAGAUUGAGGUUGAUUACUCUGGUCUCAAGAAGGAGCAGCGAAAUAAUGGCACCGAAGAGAUGGAUGCCAAGCUGCAGGACGAUAUCAGGAAUAUUGUAGACGAGAUUGAGAAGAUGGCGCCUAAUCUUCGUGCUGCUGACAACCUGGAAAGGGUUCAAGACAAGUUGAGAGCUACUGUAGCUGAUUUUGAUGAUGCUAGGAAGCAUGCUACUGCUGCCGCCAGGGCGUUUGAAACCAUCAAGAAGGACAGGGCUGAACGAUUCCAGGCUGCGUUUGCACAUAUCGAGAAGCACAUUGACAAAGUAUACAAGGAACUUACUAAAUCAAAGACAUUCCCAAUGGGAGGGACUGCAUAUCUCGCGGUUGAAGAUGAUGAAGAGCCAUACACUAAUGGUGUCAAGUACAAUGUGAUGCCUCCCAUGAAACGAUUCCGAGAUAUGGAUCAAUUGUCUGGUGGUGAAAAGACUGUUGCUGCUUUGGCUUUGCUUCUGGCUAUUCAUAGUUAUAAACCAGCACCUUUCUUUGUCUUGGACGAGGUCGACGCAGCACUUGACAAUGCCAAUGUAGCUCGAGUAGCAAACUAUAUCCGUGCUCACGCCAACGAUGACUUCCAAUUCAUCGUCAUCUCAUUGAAAAACACCUUCUAUGAAAAAGCCCAAGCACUUGUUGGGAUAUAUCGUGAUUCGAUAAACAACUCGUCAAAAGUGCUGACUCUCAAGUUGGAUGGGAACUUUGAAGAGUAG